GUGGCCAAGAACCAUUCCCCAGUGGGCAAAUGGCCAAAGAAAAUGAAUGAGCAAUUUACAAAGGAAGAAACCCAAGUGAUCAACAACUACAAGAAAAAAUAUUCCAAAUCAUUCACGAUUAGAAAAAUGAAGACAAAACAGCUCCCAAGUUCUACCUGACACCUGUCAGACUGGCAAAGAUGAUGAGAGGUCUUCUGAAAUGGUUUUCAGAUAUUUGGGAACCCCACUACCUCUGACUAAUCAUGCACCUACCUUUGACAUGUGUAUGAAAAGAGAAGAAGGGACUGCUAAUGAACCAUUGAUCAGUGUGAAGGAGCACAAGAUCAAGGAGACCAACAAUCUCUGUAGGGCUGGUGAGGAUCUAUGCCAAGGCAGAGGACAUGUCUGUGGAUUUGGGAAAGCAGCCGUUUGGGACCACAGGAGAAGGAGACUGAAGAAUCCAUGGCUCCCUAUCACAUCCGGAAAUAUCAAGACCAAGACAGGGAGAAGGUGAUAGACAUAUUCACUAAGGGAAUAUUGUAUCAUGUUCCUGCUGUUUUCUUCCAUCUGCUGAAGCAGCCAAGAGGCUUCCUGCUCCUGUUGGGGGGCCCAGGUGCCCUGUUCCUUGGGUCUGCUUCUUAUAUCCUGUCUCUCCUGGCCUUCUUGGGCCUCCUGACUAUCCUUUGGUGGAUUGCUAGAUAUCCCUACUCCGAUUACGUGGACUAUACUUUGCACACUGACAUGAGGGACAUCAGGAAAACCUAUCUCAGUGACAAAGGAUCCUGUUUCUGGGUGGCAGAGUCGGAGGGUCAGAUAGUGGGCAUGGUGUGUGCCCGCCCGGUACAAGAGGCUUUAGGACCAAAAAAACUGGAGUUGCUGCAUUUGUCAGUGGGAGAGGAGCACCGGGGCCAGGGUAUGGCCAAAUCUCUGACCCAAACUGUCCUCCAGUUUGCACAGGAUCAAGGAUAUGCUAAUGUGGUCCUGAGUACCCACGCCCUCAAUUACGCAGCUCAUAGAUUGUACCAACAUCAGGGCUUUUGGAAAACACAUGAAGCCUAUGAUUCCCUGAAAUGGAAGAUGAUAGCUGUUCCUUUUUUCUUCUUUGAAUAUACAGUCCCUUCUUCAUUCUAAAAGCUCCUUUAACCAUCUUCCUUUUUUUUGCCCUUUAUAGGUUUGUUGAUUGGUCCACAAUAGUACUCAGUAUACAAUGAGCACCCAUUAAAGGCUUUUAACUGCCA